AUGACCGAUUCAACCAGCGACGCCCCGGCGGCCCCGGCAACGGCAGCAGUUCGGACAUCUCAGACGCCACCCCCGGCGUCCCCGCAAGCGACAACAAGUCCGAAGACACAGACACCCCCGGAAGCCACGAGAGAUUCGACGGCGUCGCCUACCCAGACAUCUCCGGGGCCUUCGGCGGCGCCAGCAACCCCGGCCACCCGCGCAGGUCCUGUGGCCCGAACAGUCCCGCCCGAAAUUGACUUGCAAACGGCCGGUGAACCAGGUCCCAUAGAACCGAACGACGUGGCAAGUGCCACGGACGAUGACGGGUUGACCAUUGAUGACCGGCUGUCUACGUACACGGAGUCUUUGACUUCAAGUGUAAUUGACUACCCGGAGGAGUUUGGUCGACGCUACCAUGCGUACCGCCCUGGAUCUUACAACUUCCCUAACGACGAGGGCGAGUCAGACCGUUUGGAUCUGUUUCACAGCAUGGUCGUUAAGACAAUCGGCUACAGGCUGUUUCUGGCACCUGUAGAUCCUGGCAGGACGCAUCGAAUCCUCGAUGUCGGCACUGGCACAGGUAUAUGGGCGAUUGAGGCCGCCGAAUUAUUCCCCGACGCAGAGAUUUAUGGAAAUGAUCUCAGCGCGAUUCAGCCUGGAUGGGUGCCCCCUAACGUGCGCUUUGAAAUCGAUGACGUGGAGAGUACUUGGAUGGACGACCGGUCGUAUGACUUCAUCCACAGCCGAUACAUGGCAUGCUCGUUGAAAGACUGGCCAACCUACAUGCGUAGGGUUUAUGACGCCCUGAACCAUAAUGGUUGGGCCGAGUUUUCUGACAUGAGUGUCCUCUACGGCUGCGAUGACGGCACUCUUAAGGAAGAACACGCGCUCAUGAAGUGGGACCGACUGUUCAUGGAAGCUUGUGACAAGCUAGGCACGGAGCACUCUCCUGGGCCAAAGUUGGAUGCCUGGGUAAGACAGCAACCGUACAGAAAUGUCAGAUCCUAUCACUUCAAGAUUCCCCUGGGUCCGUGGGCAAAGGAUCCUCAUAACCAGGACCUCGGCUGGAACAAUCUUGCGCAGACCAUAGAUGGUCUCGAUGCGUUCACUCUGAAGCUCUUCAUUGGGGUUCUGGGAUGGACCAGGGAAGAAGUCAUUGUCCUUCUUGCGCAAGUUCGUAAGGAGUUGAAGAGUCGGCCCUUCGCCUUCCACGCCUACAUCGACUGGUACGUUGUUUACGGACAAAAGGUGGUUGCCGAGGAAAAUUGA